UAAACACGUGCUUUAUUGAAUUCUACGAGUACUAUUCUAUUUCAAUUAAUUUUGUGCUUUUGGAAAUCAAAUUGGAUAUUUUAUUUGGAAAUCGUAUUCCAUCAAAUAAAAUGCCACGACCAAGGCGUACUAAUAUUAAUAAGGUCGAAUAGAAUAUUGCAAAUUGAGGAAGAGCGUUCACAAAUUAAUGCAGAUACAAGAGAUCGAUAUGCACGAAAUCGAAACUCACCUAAUCGAUCUCUUGAUAGGCAGCCACCCCGAAAUCGGCCAAUGCGAGCGGGAGUUCGUGUUUUGCAGCAAACUUGCUGCUUUUAAUUACGAUAGUGCGAUUGAUUACAGUGCAUAUGGCUGUAUUGGUGGAAUGACGGUGAGAUGUGCGAUUGUAGUGCAGCCAAAUUUCCAAAUGAAACAGAUGGCAUGUGCUGUGCUAACGGAAAAGUGAAAUUGCCAACAUUUGAAUCUGCACCCGAUCCACUACGUUCGCUGAUUUUUGGAAUGGUAUAAACAUUCAGGGUCAGAUUUACCACCGCGCUGGCUCGAUAUUACUAUAUCCAGAUACCGACCAUUAAUUCUUACAAAUCUAUUUCGUUGGAAAUGAAAAUCGCGAAUUGGAUCGGCGAUCCAAGGGCAAGGCGACAAUUUGUUUCUGAGCUUCAAACAUUUUUUCAUCAACUCAAUGAAUUAGUUCGAUUAUUCAAAAUCGGUAUCGAUCGUAUGCCAUCGGAUAACCACAAAAUCAUCAUAAAAGCCGAUAGAUCACCCCUCGGAGAGCAUGCAAGACGAUUUAAUGCACCGACAAUCGAUGAUGUGGCUAUUGUAAUUGUUGGAGACCAGUUUCAAUCUCGCGACAUCGUGCUACAUCGAAGAAUUGAGCAAUUACUGCGUGUUUCAGAGCUUCACCGCAGCUAUGAUGCAUUACAAUAUCCAUUAUUCUACUGGAACGGUGAUGACACCUAUAAUAUCAAUAUACCAAUGAUAGAUCCACAAACCGGUCGUGACAUUCAAAAAAAAGUUAGUGCGAUGAACUGUUCGUACAGAUUCAUGAUUCGCCCACAAGAAGACAAUUUCAUUUCGAGAUGUGGCAAACUUUUCAAGCAAUACGCUGUUGACAUGUACGCAAAAAUAGAAACAGAACGUCUGAAUUACCUUCGAUUCAAUCAAACAUAUUUACAAUCGGAAGAAUAUAUACAUUUGCGAGAUGCAAUAGUGAAUGAUGGUAAUGCAAAUGAUAUCAGACGUUUAACAAUAUUACCAUCCACAUAUGUCUGCAGUCCGCGUCACAUGCAUGAAUACAAGCAAGAUGCAAUGUCAUACGUUCGCAAAUAUGGUCGACCAGACUUAUUAAUAACAUUUACAUGCAAUCCACAGUGGGCGGACAUAAAUGAUAAUUUAUUUGUUGGUCAAAAACCAAUUGAUCGGCACGAUAUAACUGCGCGUGUAUUUCGACAGAAAUUUAAGGCAUUGAUAGAUUUGAUUGCCAAAUUUAAAAUAUUUGGAAACGUGCGUUGCUGGAUGUAUUCUAUUGAAUGGCAGAAACGAGGGCUACCGCACGGACACAUAUUGAUAUGGUUGAUUCAAAAAGUUACACCAAAUGAGAUUGGUCGCAUUAUAUCAGCCGAAAUUCCAGAUCAAAACAGCGAUCCACAAUUAUUUCAAGUUGUUACGAAAAACAUGAUUCACGGCCCAUUCGGUGAACUAAAUUUAAAUUCGCCAUGCAUGAUCGAUGGAAAAUGCUCAAAGCGGUAUCCAAGAGCAUUGAUUUCCGAAACAAUAACAGGCAAUGACGGAUACCCAUCGUAUCGACGUCGGUCACCAGACGAUUUUGGCCAUACAACAACAAUUAAGAGUUCAUAAUCAAGACACUAUCAUUGAUAAUCGUUGGGUAGUGCCAUAUUCACCGCUAUUAUCAAAAAUAUUUGAAGCUCACAUUAACUAUGAAUAUUGUAAUUCAGUGAAGUCAAUCAAAUAUAUAUGCAAAUAUGUCAACAAGGAAACCGAAAUGGCUGUUUUUGGAGUAACUGGUGACAAUAGAUAUGAUGAAAUUCUCAAUAUCAAAUGUGACGUUACAUUAGCACUAAUGAAGCUCUUUGGAAAAUUUAUUAAUUUCCAAUAAAUGAGCGAUAUCCUGCUGUGGUUCAUUUGGCUGUUCAUUUGGAAAAUGGACAACGUGUUUAUUUUACUAAUUCAAAUGUAGAGCAGAGAGCGGCACAGCCACCGGCCACAACAUUAACUGCCCCAGUUGAUGGUCAUCAAGGCGUUUUAUUUUUGAAGGUUGUACACAGUUCAUCCAAACAACGCAGAGUGCUUUUAUUUGCGACUGUUGUUGGUAAACGUUGCAGGACCACGCUCAUUUCAACAUUUUCGAACAGUUAAUGUCCAUUUAUGUCAGACAUAUCGCGAAGCAUGUGAACACUUACAUUUGUUUGAAAAUGAUGCACAUAGGGAUUUGACAAUUAACGAUGCAUCGAUUUUUGCUUCUCCACAUCAAAUACGUAUGCUCUAUUCCAUAAUAUUAUCGACAUGCUUUCCAUCGAAUCCACUUGAUUUGUGGAAUAAAUAUAAAGGUUUAAUGGCCGAAGACUUUUUAAAUCGAAUGCGUCAACACACCAGAAAUCACGAUUUGGUGAUCUUAUUGGAAAUGUAUAACGAGGCAUUGAUAUCGAUUAAGGAUAUGUGCCUUGCGAUGGCAAAUAAAGCAUUAGGUCAAUUAGAUAUGCCCUCACCGAAUCGUCUAAUGCAUGAUUUGUUUGCUCGAGAAUUGCAAUUUGUGAAUUGGAAUUUACCCAAAUUGAACGACCAACAAAAACAUGUUUACGAUACCAUUAUGCAAGCAGUACAAAAUGAUGUUGGUGGAUUGUAUUUUUUGGAUGCCCCUGGAGGUACGGGUAAAACAUUUGUGGUAUCAUUGAUUUUGGCAGCCAUUCGGUCACAACAAAAAAUUGCAUUGGCACUCGCUUCGUCAGGAAUUGCUGCUACUUUAUAGGAUGGUGGCCGAUCAGCACACUCAGCAUUAAAAUUGCCGUUAAAUGUGCAGGCUUGUUUGCAUUCAUUGAUUAAUACAUUAGUGCUAAUUACUAUAUUAUUUUUGAACGUACAGGUGAUUGACAAUCCCACAUGCAACAUAUCAAGAAAUUCUGCGAUGGCAAAAGUUUUGCAGCAAGCAGCAAUUAUUCUAUCGGGAAGCAUUAAACAGAACAAUGCAAGAUCUACGUCGCAAUCAAGUAUUAUUUCCUGUGGCGAUAUGUCCAAAAAUUGACAUUGAACAUAAACAUGCGUGUUCAAUUGCACAAUGAUCAAUCUGCAGAACGGUUUUCGAAGCAAUAAUUAUUAGAAAUCGGAAGUGGAAAAGAUCCAAAUACAAAUGGAUUGAUCACUUUGCCAAACAAUUUUUGUACAAUUCUACAAUCUAAAGGCGAAUUAAUAGAGAGCGUUUUUCCAAAUAUAAUUCAAAAUCACAGAAAUCACGAUUGGUUGAAAGAACGAGCAAUAUUGUCACCAAAAAAUGUACAUGUCAAUGAAAUCAAUUUUCACAUUCAAGAAAAAUUGCCAGGCGCACUGACAUCAUAUAAAUCUUUUGAUAGCGCAAUGAAAGAAGAUGAUGCAGUGAAUUAUCCAGUUGAAUUUUUAAAUUCCCUAGUACCGCCUGGUAUGCCACCGCAUUUCUUAAACUUAAAAAUCGGCUCAUGAAUUAUUUAAAUGCACUAAAAUUGUGCAAUGGCACAAGAUUAGUUGUAAAAAAAUUGAUGCCGAAUUUAAUUGAAGCCACGAUAUUGACUGGAAAAGCGAAAGGAGAAAUGGUGGUCAUACCGCUUAUUCCGUUGAUACCAACAAACAUGCCGUUUGAAUUUAAGCGACUGCAAUUCCCAGUGCGUGUAUCAUUUGCCAUGUCCAUCAAAAAGGCAUAAGGACAAACGCUUCAUGUAUGCGGGUUGAAUUUGGAUGAGCCGUGUUUUUCUCAUGGGCAGCUAUACGAAGCCUGUUCAAGAGUUGGCAUUCCAAACUCUUUAUUUGUAUUCGCUCCAAAUGGACAAACGAAAAAUAAAGUUUAUCCAAAUGUUUUGGAUUGAAAAUAAUAAUUUUCAAAUAAAAUAAAUGACUUUCAUAUAACAAA